AUGGAUGAGUCUAUCGAGUCCGAGUCCGUUGCCCCUCCUGUCCGUGCCUCUUCACCCUCGCCAUCCAUCAUACCGACGCCUGCUAUUUCCUCCUGUCAUUCCCCGUCAGACCGCACCGUCUCAACCGUGUCGACCCUUUCGUCCCGUUCAGUCUCGUCCGCCACAUCCGCCGAUGCCAGGUCCUCUGUGUCCACUGUCUCGUCGAGAAGACGAGGGUACAUCCGACCCCAGGGGGUCGAGUUUGCCGAAUCGGCCAGACACCGCGAGAGUGUGAUGAGCUUGGGCAGUAUAGCGCACCUGCAGUAUUACUUUGCCCGCACAGGCUUGUUGGAAGGGAAGGGCGGCCAGGCUCGGGAGUGGAAAAAGAAGCAAAAGCCGGAUGACAUACCGAGACUACUCCUCACCCCAAAUGCUCGCUUUAUCGAGGAUCUGACCGAGAGCCCGACGGACGAGAGCUCGGAACCCGCCGACGAGGAGUUCGAUGAGCAUGAGGUGAUGCUACCUCCGACAGUGAGCACCUAUAGUGUGAAAACUUUCCACCUCCCACCGCCACCGGAUCUCGUAGCUCUGCGAAAGGAUCUCCGGGAUGCGUUAGAUGAGGCCGAAAAGAGCAUGGAGACGAUUGGAUCCCAGAAGGAGCCGCCGCGAAACAUGAAACCUCCACGUAUCAGCGUAGAUGAACUUCCUGACAUUGGCGAUCCGACGCGCAAGAUGUUAGCAGGUGCCACCCCAUUGGGUUGGCACGAGAUUCAAGGCAUGCGUAUCUUGGAUGUUGUGACUCUUGCGAUUCGGGCUGCCAGGAUAUACUAUACCGCCCAUGAACGGCCGGAGCGACUGGCGUCGAUUAAAAGUGAGCGGGAAAUACGACAGGAACUAUUUGACAUGCUGGAAGUCCUGAAACGAUGGGCCUCUCGUAAUUUCACCGGUGGACUGCGGGACGACGAACGAUCGUCCAUCAUGGGUUGGAUGGCCAACGUGCGCAGCAUGCUGGCGCAAGAAAUUCAUAUGGAGGAGGCGGAAGCCCAGGAGCGACAAGGAUGGGCUUGGGCGCGUGGAAACUGGAGUGGCAACGAGAGGGCGCGCGAGGAAGCCUUCCUGCGUAGUUUGCUGGAGACGGAUGCAUUGCCAACAUGGACAGACCCCGAAGGUCAGACCCUACCAACUCCGAUGCUCGAGUGGUUCCGAGACGGGCGCGGCCUGGUCCAAAUCCAUAACCAGGCCGUAAAGAAAUCCAAGAGACCCUUCUGUGAAAUCAAAUCUUUCCAUGAAGACGUUGCUAAACCAUACCGACGGGCGGAUAAUAUUCGGUACUGGACCAAGGCUGCGGAAAUCCGGUGGGAAACCAAGUUAGAAAUGGAUGUGAUGGGGGUGGUCUCCGGGAAUAGCGAUGAGGCUUGGAGGAAGUUUGACACAGCCCUCCUUACCUGGUGCAAGGCAGUUCGCGAAGAGCUGAUGCGAGAUUGGCGGGGGCCUGAUCCAGGGAGCGCCGAUGCAGUGCCUCCCCAUGACGGGGUGGCCGUUGACCCUGCGUGA